GUGACGAUGAUAUCCUCCCCCCUCCUACACACACACACAGAGCAGGAGGAGAGGAGUGAGGAGGCAGCAAACAAGACGGUAUCAUGAUGCGAUGGCUUCAGGCUGGAAAACAGACGAUGCCACUGAUCGCCUGGAAAACUGGGAAUCAGUGGAUUCCUCCUCGCUCUUUAAAUGAAAUCAGCUGCAUACAUUUUUCCUAAAUGAUUCCUGAGGGAAAGCAACCAGCUUCCCAACCAGUUGGAUUCUCUCUUUUAUUGGUGUUUCUACAGACAAUGAACUGCCUGGAACAAGAAGAAUGACUUAUAUGGAAACCCGAAAGUGGGACAGAAUUCACUUAGAUCCACAGAAGGAAAUUGUGGACUUGGAUUGUUGACUAAAACCAAACAGUCCGAAGCAAAGGACACCUUUUUUGGAUUCGGAAUGUGCAAACAGCCUCCAUUUAAGUUUUUCCUUCUUUCUCCUGAAUGUACGAUGGAAUAAACCACAAAGAGAGCCGAGAAAGGUGGGAAAUCCAUUGCAGCGAGUAGCAGGAAACCCUCUGCUUGAACAGAAAUCGUCUCCUGGCUGUGGUGAGGAACAAGGGGUGUGUUUGGAGGUUCCACCCCACCACAAACACUCUGCCGCUCGCAGAUGGAGGCCCACCAACACUCCCCAGACACAAGCAGUGAGGAGUGCACCGUCCUGGAGGCCCCACCCAGCAAGAACUCCUGCCUGCAGCAUGCAGGAAAGGUGGCUGACCUGUACUGCUCAGCCUGUGAGUGUGCGCUGUGUGAGGACUGCUUACCGGCCCACGAGGAUCACCCCAAGGUGGUGCUCAGCCAAGCCCUGGAGCAGCACAGGAACCGGCUGCAGGAGAGACUGGGGGCGGUCCAGAACAGACUCCCCCAGAUUUCAGAUGCUCUGUCAUUCGUCAGAGAGAUUCUCCAACAGCUUACCAAUCAGAGAGCUUCCAUCGAAGAAGACAUCCAGUCCAGCUUUGAAGACCUGCACAAGCAGCUGGAAGUCCGGAAGAGCGUUCUGCUUAUGGAGCUCGAAGUCACAUAUGGGCUCAAACAAAAGGUCCUCCAAGCUCAGAUAGACAACCUGACCCGAGGAGACGGGGACAUCACGGCCACCUGUACGCAGACGGAGGAAGCUCUGGCAGAGGAGGCGAGCGUGGCAACCCUGGAGGCGGAGCACGAGCUGGAGGAGAGGCUGAAGGAGCUGGCUAUCCUUAGAAUGCCGUGCCAGCCGGAGGAGAACGACCAGCUGGAUCUGGUGAUGGAGACGGACGGACUGAGGAAAUCCAUCCACAACUUGGGGACCAUUGUUACAACCAGCGCUGUGGCAAGUCAGAGUGAAGCCAUGGGCUCCGGCUUGGAGCAGUGCAUUGUGGGACAUCCUGCUUCAGUUACUAUAGUAACAAGAGACAAGUCGGGUGGAGCCUGCAAGACCGGCAAUGCCAUCUUAUCAGCUGAGGUGUUCACCCCCGAUGGCAGCAUUGUCGAUGGGGAGAUAGUGGACCAUAAGAACGGUACCUAUGAGUUUGUUUACACGGUGCCCAAGGAGGGCGAGUUCUCUCUGGCUCUCCGUCUGUACGACCAGCACAUCAAAGGAAGUCCCUUCAAACUGACCAUCGCCAAGGCCUCGGAGGUAGAGGUCGAGGUGUCUCCCUCCACAACAACAGCAACUAACUCUGCAGCCCACGCCACCCCAUCCACAGGCUCCUCAGAUGGAGCAAAGAGGCGAGGAAAGUCCCCCGGUCAGAAGAAGAAAGGUUCCAAGAGGGCCAGCAGUGCUUUGGGCACCCCACGACGAAAAACUCAGAACCCCAUCGAGGAUGAUCUCAUCUUCAAAAUAGGAACCAAAGGUAGAAAUAAAGGCGAAUUUACAAACCUUCAAGGAGUAGCUGCCUCCUCCAACGGCAGGAUUCUGAUAGCUGACAGCAACAAUCAGUGUGUUCAGAUUUUCUCCAAUGAGGGUGAGUUUAAGACUCGUUUUGGGGUACGUGGACGAUCUCCUGGCCAGUUGCAGAGACCAACGGGAGUAGCUGUGCACCCCAGUGGCGACAUAAUCAUCGCCGACUAUGAUAACAAGUGGGUCAGCAUAUUCUCCUGCGAGGGCAAGUUUAAGGCGAAACUUGGCUCUGGAAGACUCAUGGGGCCAAAAGGUGUUUCUGUGGACCAAAAUGGUCACGUGAUCGUCGUUGACAACAAGGCCUGUACAGUCUUCAUCUUCCAGCUUACUGGCAAACUAAUUGCCAAGUUUGGGAGUCGGGGCAAUGGUGACAAGCAGUUUGCAGGUCCACACUUUGCGGCGGUGAACAAGAACAAUGAGAUCAUUGUUACCGACUUUCACAACCACUCUGUUAAGGUUUUUACUGCAGAGGGCGAGUUGGUGUUGAAGUUUGGUUCAAACGGGGAAGGUAAUGGCCAGUUCAACGCUCCCACUGGUGUGGCUGUGGAUAUAAAUGGGAACAUCAUUGUAGCUGAUUGGGGUAACAGUAGAAUACAGGUUUUUGAUGGUAGUGGCUCCUUCCUGUCUUACAUCAACACAUCAGCAGACCCUUUGUAUGGACCACAGGGCCUGGCGCUGACCUCCGACGGACAUGUGGUGGUCGCCGACUCUGGUAACCAUUGCUUUAAAGUCUACCGCUACCUACAAUGAUAAAGACUCAAACUGAAAUGGUGAGGAUCAAGUAGGAAAGGUGGACCAGCAGGGCAGUGGUGGGAGGGAAAAUGUACUUCUCACAAUAUUUAAUUCCAUUCAUCAAUAGCAUGAACCUGUCCUGAUGGAUUUACCGAAGAAAAGAAAUACCAAGGUAAACGUUCAGCCUGCGUCCUUCCAUUAUGUGAACUUCAGAGGAGAUGUCUAAUAUUAGUGACUGGGAUAAGGUAUAAAAGAAUGAAGCCAGCAUGAAAUAUGAGGAUGAAAUGUCAGCCCCUUCAACAAUGCAUUUCUACAGAAUGGGAGAAAUGCAAACUGCGCAACAAUGGAUUCCUAUUUUUAAAUUCAAGAUGUCUGCCUUCACCUACAGCAGUCUGGAAAAGACUGAACGAUCCAGUAUUGAAAGCGAGCAAAAUAAAUGGUUUCAAAGAGGAUGAAGAGCAAUGUCAAAUGGAAACCAUUAUGUCCUAAAUCUAUGAUGAUGAGAUGGAAUUAAUGCAAACGUUGAGAUAUUUAUUUAAAUUAUUGAUAAUUUUACUUUGUUUUGCCUUGAUGUAUUUUAUGUAAAAGACAAAAGAAAUGUCCAGCGUGGUAAAAGGGGUCGAUAGUUAUUAUAUUUGUUGUUUUUCCAGGUUAAUAACGAUUUUUUUCAGGUUAGUGCCCAGAUUGUUUUAAACCAAAACGGUCAGUUUAAAGAUUAUAGCUACAAGUUUUUUUCUUUUUUUCCAGCGUUUUAUUGUCAUUACAAUGUCACAAGUACAGAGCACUGAAAUUAACUCUCUGCAUUUAACCCAUCACCAUGGGGAGCGGUGGUCUGCCAUUGUGUGGUGACCGGGGAGCAGUGUGGCGUUAAGGGUCUUAGCACAGAGAGCAAGAACGGCAGUCUGGGCUCGAACUCAGAACUCCAAGCACAACGCCCUAACCACUAGGCCACCAAUCCCCCAAAGCAGGCAUUAGUUUGAAGGCUCUUGCAUAAGGACCCACACUGGCAGCUCACACCCCCCAGCUGGGAUAAGAACCCAGGCCUUCUGUUUGCAGGAUGGGUGACUUACCACUUUUCCAGCCAGGCCCUGAAAGUUUGACUCUCUAUGUCCAGUAACCAACUGUCGUUCCUUACGGUUAGCCAGGUUAGUAUUAGUAAAUAUUAACUUACCUCUCAGAAGAUGAGUGGUAACCUGCCAGUGGCUCCUGUGGCCCUUUGCUUCCUUGUCUUCACCAAUGUUUAAAACCUUAAUGAUGUUCACCCUUGUUCCUUUUGGCUUGAAUUGGAGAAACGUAUUGCAGAGAUGAAGCAAUUAUCACCUAUAUUAAAGCGCUACUAGGAUCUUGAUACACCUGAGUGUAUCCUUACAUGACUGGCAUUGAUAAAUAUUUAUAGGUUUUAAAUUCAUCAAAAUUCAUAAAACAAUUUUGUAUAUCUUAUUAUUUUCAGUAAAAUUAAUACUUUUAUUCUGCACCACUCUAGACAUUCUCUGGAUGUAUUCAUUUUGGAAAAAAAUAGUUUUAAUGAAAAUUAAAGUUGUAGCUAUGACCUUUAACUGCUCUUCUUUUCAGAUGAAGUGUGAUAGGAAAUGUAAAAAUCUGACCAAAAAAAGUCCAAGCAAGCUAAAUCAAUCAAACGUCAAUUAACUUGAGCGUGAGAAAACAUCCAGUCAGCAAAAUCAAGGCUCCAAUCUGGUUGAGAGACAUAAGUUUGAAAUGUGGGUUAGUCGUUCGCCAUGGACCACUUUUAGCUUCUUAUACACUUUUUGUACAUAUGGAUUGUUUUGAUUAUGGAAUGUUUAUUUUUCCUCAUAAGAUCUUGAACAGUAGAUUUUUCAUCUUAAAACUGCUUGAAAAAGUUUCUGAUUGUUUGGAUCGUCAAAUGGGAUUGACGUAACGCCUUUGACCAAAAGCAUCGUCUCUGUGCUUGAUGUGUGUGUGCUUGUAUAUUAAACAGGGAAACGAAAAAGCUCUAUAAAUCUACUCUAUAUAUUUAUUAAAACAUCUUAAACAUUAUGGGGUAAAUCAACACCUGAAAUCACUGAUAUAUACAAUAUAUCUGCUCAUUGUCUCAGCAGUUGUCAAGAGAAGGCUGGGCUUAGAUUGUUCAGAUUUGGGUUCUUCAUUAAUGUCUACAGUUCUAGAAAUGGUUUAAAACUCUAUACUUUUGACUUCAAACUGUACAAUAACACAUGUCCUCUCAUUAAGAGACAAUACCUCAGUGUUGGAGAAGCAUGCUCCUGAUGUUACUGCACAUCUUUCCAUCGAAGCAUUUAGAAUUACCUUGAAGUCAAGUUGCCUUCUAUGAUAGAUUGAGGAAUUUUUUUUCAUUGCACAAAUCUGUAGAAUCAAUACAUUGCAGAAUUUACCAAGGGUAGUCCAUAACAACAGCUUAUGCUUUAAAGUAGGAAUCAGGCUGAUGAACACAAGGCCUAUACCUUCUUACCUGUUUAUGUUCUGCUGCCUUUGCAACCUUUAUCUACAUGAGAGUUUCUAUGGUGAUAGAAAACUGUUCUUUAAGUGUGAAAAGAGGUAACCAAUGUUUGUAUUUUGCAUGUAACAAUUAAACAGAUUUCGUUUUUUGACUUUCAAAGAGUUUUAAAGCAAUAAACUAGAUCUGUUUGCUGGUAGGUUUCAUUACGGAGAAGCAGAGGUGGGUAGACUACCCAAAAAUUGUACCAUAGAAAAAAAAUGCAACCAUAUUUUGUUACUUUAACACAAUUGUUUUAUCUUCUUCACUGCAAACAUGAAAAAAGUGUUAAAGUGACUUAAUAUAAUAAAAUAAAUAAUCUAACAACAAUUUCAUUUGGAUGAACGGCAAGAUAUUUUGCAAUAAAAUCGCUGUAUUCAUUAUUGGUAGUAUGUUUUGUAUGUAGAUUAGAGUAUGUCAAAUAACUUCCUGAAACAUGAUUUAGUAAACCUUUACUUCCUUUUGAUCUCCAGAUGUAACAGAAGGACCAGCAAUU